AUAUUAAUGAAAACUGUUACAAAUUAUUUAUGUAAUUCUAUCUAAUAGGAUAGAAAUGUAGCGAUCAACGUGUUAAUAGAAAAAGCUAUGAAAUUUUAACAUAUAUAAAUUAACGACAGUACAUCAUCUUGUUACUUUCUUACAUGAUCUUGUUCAUUUUGUAAUAAAUUAAUUGAAAAUAAAUAGUUUAUGUUUCUUUAAUCAUCUAAACCACUCCACAUAUGUGUAAUCUAUGUUACUAUGUUACAUGUUUCUAUGGAAACCUUUCAUUACCUUUCAACCUAGUUAUUCUCAUGAUUAGCUCAAUCUCUUUUAAUUAUUUUUAUUAAAAAAUAUUUAGAAUAUGGAUCAGACAAUAGAUCACAGUAAUUUGAACAAAAAGAUAACGGAAGGCCAACAAAUUAUAGAUGACUUAACAAUUGAUAAACAUGUAACGGAAGAAGAAUUUCAGAACUUCAUGCAUCGCGUUACUGAAGUUGAAAAAAUUGUGAAAAAGUUGGCAUCUCCUAAUCCUGAAGAACAAAAGCACGGACAAAUAUUGGCUGACGAAAUUUUAGAGAAACGAUCAGAAAAGAAUAUAUGCGAUGAUACUGAAUUAAAAAUAAAAAUGAAUCGUACAGUGAUUAACAAAUGUUCAAUCAAUGAAAAUUCUACUGAAGAACAAAUGUCUAAAGAAGCGUUCAUGAGAAGCGUGGAAAAAGAUGCGAAAGAGAGGACAGAGAACCGAAAGAUUAGAAACGAACGUGCAGAAACAUUGAAAACAAUUGGUAAUGGUGCAUUUAAGGAGAAAAAUUACGAAAAAGCGGUAACAUAUUACAGUAAAGCACUUGAACAACGAAAAGAUUCGACUGUGUUAUGGAAUAAUAGAGCUUUGUCAUAUAUUCAGCUUGGAUUAUUCGAAAAAGCCUUAGCCGAUUGCGAAUGGGCAUUAAAAGUUAAUAACACGAACUUGAAGGCACUCCUAAAUAGUGCUAAAUGUUAUAAACAACUUGGAGAUGAAAUCAAAUAUAAAGAAUAUAUUCAGUUAGCAAAAGAGAGAAAUCCACAUUUCAACAAAUUUAUUAAUGAAUUUGAAGAAAGUAUGGACAUGCGCGUUAAUUACCAAGCCUAAUAGUAAAUAGAAAUAUUUCUUAUGUAGCCUGAAUAUUUCUUUUGUAAUAAUCUAAAUGUAUUUAACUGGUAUCAAGA